AUGUCCGUAGUUCGGUACAGAAAAUACUACCUAGUGUACAUGUUGCUCUUGAUGCAUUUCACUUCAUUAUGCGCUACACUUGUAAAUGCAACAAAGAGCACAUUUUGUGCUGAGGUUGCAAAGGAUGUUGGUGACGCCAUAUUCAAGACCCGAGCUUGCAAUGGUGAACUUGCAGAAUACCGGGAGAAAGAUGAUCAAGAAGUCUAUGCCGAUCAAUUAGCGCAUAUCAAGAAGGGAUGCCUUGUGCGACCACGUCAAGACAUUCACUCUGAUGGCAGCAGGAUUGAAGGGUCCCACAAAGGCUGGAAUUCCCUCAUGCGCUCGCAUGCGAGCGGCAUUGAGGUCUUCUCGGCAUUGGGGCACAAUUUUGUCACUCAUCACAAUAUUCAUGUGGAACUCAAAUCACAAAAUCUGGAUCCAUUCAUCUCCUCAACAUAUGGCACCCAUCAUGUUUUCACACCCAUCAACAGCAACGAGAUCUUUGGUCUUGUCUCCUCAGAAAAUACAACCACUUUUGGCGGCCUUCUGGACAUCAAGCACGAAGAACUCAAAGACAUGGAGGAUCCCAAUGCCAAGACACUCCUUCAGUUGGCCUCUGAAAUUCUCAUCAUCGACAUCACCGAGCUGCAGACAAACCCUCCCGUGGCAACCCCCUCGGUAGAGAAAAAGUUCAACAAGAAAGUCGAAGUCAUCGCUGACCCUGGCGCCUUUGAAGGAGACAGAGCGCAAUUCACCGAGUGGUGGAUCAAGCUCCAGAUUUGGGUUAAGGCAAAUUGGGAUGCAUUUGCCAACAAUUUUGAGGUAGCCACUGCGGUGCUAUCUCGACUAAAAGGACCUGUGGCGGGUCGAUACGCCCAAGUUAGAUUACAGGAGUGCUACACCGUGGGAGUGUGGCCAACCUGGGACGAUCUCAAGAAAAAGAUCGAAAAAUAUUUCAAACCGCAAGCUGAGCGUGACUGGGCGCAUCAGCAAAUCCGUUCCUUCAAGCAAGGAAACAUGAGGACGGAUGAUUACGUUACCCGGUUCCUGGCCCUCUCCAUCCAAGGAGGGCUUGGAAAUGAACAUGCAGUAGAACUGCUGGAGCGCAAUGUGAAACCUCGCAUUGCAGAACAGAUCUACUUGCAGGAUACAAGAAACGAGAACUUGGCCCUGGCGGCUGAGGAAGUACGACGAAUUGGUAGAGCCAUGGAGCUUUACCAAAUGCACCAAGGUGGCAGGUCCACCACCAAAAACAACAAAACCCAGAGGCGCCCUGGGUCAUCAAACCAACAUAAACAUUCUCACGGUUUCAAGCUGUUUGGGCUGCAACCAGGGCAGGGAGCCCCUAUGGAUAUCGGCGCAGUCCAAGGAGGACAGAUGCGCAGAUUCCAGGGGAACUGCUAUAAUUGCGGCCAAGAGGGACACAUGUCCCGAGACUGCAGAAAAGGAGCGCAGGCUGCUUAA